UGGGACUGCAACAGAAGCUACCGGGAGCUCCCAUUUAUCCUAGAUGGCGGUUUAAAAGAGUUCGUUCAAUGUUAUCCUUCAGAAGUAGAGAAUUCUGGUUGUUUGUUCGCUAAGCAAAGCUCGGAGAUCGACGAUUUGUUGGAUAUAGACUCAGUGGAAUAUCCUGGUUCAGCCUCAGGAGGACUUCAUAGAAACCUCAUG